UAGUGAAAUGCAAUUAUUUCCAUUUGUUACAAGUUUAAUCGGAAUAAAUGGGUAGAUUUUAGUCAAGGCUAUUUUUGAAGUCAUUUAAACGAUCUAGCAUUUUCGGUUAACAAAAGAACGAAAGGAGAUAUAACACUAAAGACAUCUGGAAAUGGGACAACAGCAGGGCAAGGACCGACAGCAGAAACUGAAAGGACCCCUUCUGAAGAAAUUGCAAAAAAAAGUCCCGGGAAUGAAGAUAGAAGAAAUUCAAGAAAUUUAUUUAGAUUUCAGACGAGAAACAAAAGGAAAGGAUGCACUCAAGCGGGAUGACUUUAUACGUGUUUAUAAAAACGCGUUUGGAGAGAAAGUUGGAUCUUUGGCAAACAGUAUUUUUGACGCUUUUGACGAAGAUGGGAAUGGAACCGUUGAUUUUGAGGAAUUUCUUAUUGGACUUAGCAUAGCUGAAAUGUCAGCAAACACAGACAGAGAAGGGAAAAUGAAAAGAAUAAGAUGGGCUUUUAACGUGUAUGAUAAAGACGGCAGUGGUACCAUUGACAAAAGAGAGAUGAGACAAAUAGUGAAGGCAGUUGCAGAUGUGUCAGUUUUACCAGCAAAGGAUUUAGAAAAUAAGGAAUCACCGAACAAGUUUGCUGACAGAUUGUUUGAUGAAAUAGAUGUUAAUGGAGAUGGUGAAAUAACUUAUCAAGAAUUUGCAGCAGCAGCUGAGAGAAAUGCGACUUUGAUAGAAAUGUUAAUGCCAGCCCCUGAAAGUGAUCUAUAGUUUAUAGUACUUUCUGCACUGUUUUCACGAAUACAUUGGAAAUUACAUGUUAUAUAAAUCUGAUAUAAUAAUAAUAAUUAUAAUAAUAAUAACAAUAACAUUAGUUCUGAAGAGUGGUCAGAAAUGACCCAUAUAAUUCCAUCUAAAUAUAUGACCUAUCUGAAGAUGUGAUCCACCUUAUUCCGUGAUCAAUCUAAAGCUAUCGUCUAUCUAAAUCUGUAGCUGUAAAGACGAAUACAUGUAUCACGAGAGAAGACAAAAAUAGUAUAUCAGAGUACAUAAAAUGAGCCGCGCCAUGAGAAAACCAACAUAGUGGCUUUGCGACCAGCAUGGUUCCUGACCAGACUGCGCGGAUGGUCUGGAUCCAUGCUGGUCGCAAACGCACUAUGUUGGUUUUCUCAUGGUGAGGCUCAAAUAUGUUUUGAAAGACAUUAAUCUACAAACAAUAUCAUUUUUUAAAUUUUAUUUUCAGCAAUAGUUAACAUAACAUGACAUACAAAAUAUGACGGUUUUUGUAAUAGUAUGAUAAUGCUAGAUUACAUUACUUCCAGUUAUAAAUUCAUAUUAGCAAUACAUCAUAUUAGUACUUAAUAUAAAAGAAUCCGGUUCAUAUUAUCAUAAUAUAUAUGCACACACACUUGUGUCAUUUCAAAUUAUGAUAUUAGUUAGAUUGAUAUCAGCAAAACAUCAAUGCAAGGGUUACAUUGAAAUGUCUUACUACACGUACUUAUAGAUAACAUUAUAUUGAAUAUCAUUUUUUUAAACUUACAUAUUCUAUAAUUAAACAUGUUGACCUUGAACCCAUAUAUAUCUAAUACACCUUUUUAGUAUGACAAAACACCUUGUACUGAAUGCAAGCUUUUAGCUGCAUAAUUUUCUGUAAUCAAUGCACACAUUUAUAUUUUUCAGGGAAGGUCGCUUUUGAAAUAAAAUUAUUUAGCUUCGUAGAAAAAUUUCAAUAUCAGUUGAUAUAUUGAUUUGUCUCUUGCUGAAUAACUAGCUAUAAUUAAAUAGCCGUAAUUUAUGAAAUAUAAAAGCAUGUUCAAUUGAUAAGCAAACGUUUGUACUUGAACGUUAUUUCGUACCAUAAUGAGAUACAGGCAUGCGCAGACCUCAAAUAGUAAAAUUAGCGAUCUAUAGCUAAAUUUAUAAUAGCCAGAUUUGUUUGUUUGUUUAUUUCUCAGUAAGUUUGGAACAAUAAUGCAAUGGUAGCUAUCAUUCAAAAUAAUUUGUCAGUUGAAUAUAGCGUUUCUGUAUUGCAUUUCUAAUGUAAAAGAAAGAUAUGGUAAAGGUGAUUACGUCUAUAGAUUUUAUUCAAUAAAGACAGCCGGCGUGUGUAUAAAACUUCUUUUUGUAAACAAAUAAAAAUGCUCUAAUUAAAAAUGCAGAGUACGUA